AUGUUUGAGAAUAUUGCACGGCUGUUCUUAAUUUUUCAGUAUUUUUCUGGAUAUUUGCGUUUGAACAAUGCGUUUGAACCGAUUUCCUACGAAAUUAAGUCAUGUCAAACUGCAAUUCCUGGUGAUUGUAAUCCAUAUUCAUGUCAAGGCACUUGUGAAGGCAGAUAUCUUCGAUUUUGGGAUAGUUAUUUAAAACUUGAUCGUACGUCUAAAAGCUGUCAAUGUGUACAGGAACCAAUCUGCAGCCUUGUCGGUAUGAAUGCAUAUGCAGGAUGUCGUUCAUAUGAUCAUUUACCUGAAAACGCGCAACGAAUCAUUAGAAUGUGGUCAAUGUCGAAUAAAGAUACGUUGCGAAAAUUCUUGAAGCCGAGGUUCCGUCAAUAUUUUCAUAAAUUACGCCAUUCUCAAUUACUUCAUGGAAAUUCAAGAUUUUGCUGCAAAACGAUCCAAAGUAAAUCGGCAAGAAUUCACUCCUAUCAAUCAUUUAUACUUUUUAUUUUAUAUUUCAAUACAUUAUUGUAG